AUGUUCUCCACCAUGCGAACCAUCUGUUUCUUCUUUGUCCUCACCCUAUGUCUCGUCCAAUUGGUCCUGGCCGCAGAAGACUACUACAAGAUCCUGGAAGUGGAUAAGUCGGCUUCGGAGAAGGAUAUCAAACGCGCGUAUAGGAAUCUGAGCAAGAAGUACCAUCCGGAUAAGAAUCCGGGCGAUGAAUCCGCGCAAAAGAAAUUCGUCGAAAUCGCCGAAGCAUAUGAUGUUCUUUCGACUCCGUCGACGAGGAAGAUCUACGAUCAGUAUGGACAUGAGGGUGUGGAACAGCAUCGCCAGGGUGGGUCGGCGGGCCGACAGGCGCAUGACCCGUUUGAUUUGUUUUCGAGGUUUUUCGGUGGCGGAGGCCAUUUUGGACAUGCGCCGGGACAUCGCAGGGGUCCUGAUAUGGAGCUCCGGGUUGGGUUGCCGUUGAAGGAUUUCUACACUGGACGGGAGUUCUCGUUUACGGUGGAGAAGCAGCAGAUUUGUGAUGCAUGUGAGGGGACGGGAUCUGCGGAUCGCGAGGUCGUGACGUGUGAUAAGUGUGCUGGACGGGGAAUGGUCAUUCAGAAGCAUCAGUUGGCGCCGGGGAUGUUCCAGCAGGUGCAGAUGCAUUGUGAUAAGUGUGGUGGGCAGGGCAAGAUGAUUAAGAAGCCCUGUCCGAUUUGUCAUGGGCAUCGGGUGGUGCGGAAUGAGGUGGAGACCUCGGCGACGGUGGAGCCGGGUAUGGAUAAGGGCAUGCGCAUUGUGUUUGAGAACGAGGCCGAUGAGAGUCCCGAUUACAUUGCUGGUGAUUUGGUGCUGAUUCUGGAGGAGAAGGAGCCUGAGAUGGGCACCACGGAUGAAUACCGCAACGAUGGGGCGUUCUUCCGCCGGAAGGGCAAGGAUCUGUUCUGGAAGGAGGCGCUGUCGCUGCGGGAGGCCUGGAUGGGCGAGUGGACGCGCAAUAUCACGCAUUUGGACGGCCAUGUUGUUCAUCUCGGCCGGAAGCGCGGCGAGGUCGUGCAGCCGUUGUCGGUGGAGACAGUCCAGGGCGAGGGGAUGCCAUAUUACUCGGACGGCCAUCUCCAUGACCAUGAGGAGGACGAGGAGCCCGGCAAUCUGUAUGUCGAAUAUACGGUCAUUCUGCCUGACCAGAUGGAGAGCGGUAUGGAGAAGGACUUCUUGGGGCUGUGGGAGAAGUGGCGCAAGAAGAACGGGGUCGAUUUGGCACACGACAGUGGGCGACCUAUGCCCGCUCCGGUGAAGGACGAGUUAUGA